AUGAUGAAUUCCAUUGAAGUCACAGUGGAGAGGAUGGGACUGGUUUCUGACAGAUAUAGAAUAUCAUUGGUUGUUCUAUGUACAACUUUCCUUAUACUAUGUGGAGUAAGUUAUAAACACUCAAUUUUUGAUCAUUUUGAGAGCGUUUCUAAAGAACAGGCAUUUGAAGGAGGAGGCCAGAACUUGGGAUCAACAGUUCAGGUUAAUAGAGAUUCAGAAGCAGACAAGACAUGUGAAGGGAGAGGCCAAAACUUGACACACAAGAACUUGGGAUCAACAGUUAAGGCUAUUGCAGAUUCAGAAGCAGUUUCAAAAAACUUUUCAUUCACAAACUCAGCAAAAGAUUCAUCCCCACUUACCAGAAACCAUACCACAACUGACAAGCUUCUUCUUGAUGGACUUAUAGUUUCUGGGUCUGAUAAAAUAUCAUGCUUAAGCAGGUUUCAGUCCUACUUGUUUCGUAAGGCUUCACUGUACAAACCUUCUCGUUAUCUGAUAACCAAACUUCGAAAAUAUGAAGAUCUUCAUAAAAGGUGUGGACCUCAUACAAGACAUUACAACAAAACCAUGAAAGAGCUGAUAAGGCCUAGGAACAAGGGACAUUCUUCUACAUUGUGUAAGUACAUGGUCUGGACACCAGUUAAUGGUUUGGGGAACAGAAUGGUGAGCAUGGCUUCAGCAUUCUUAUAUGCUCUCCUCACAGAUCGAGUUCUAAUGGUGGAUUUUAGGGAUGAAAUGACAGGCCUAUUUUGUGAACCAUUUCCUAAUUCAUCAUGGAUUUUGCCAAAUGAUUUUUCUUUCAGAGAUGGGCGAAGACACUUUGAAACAUAUCAAAACAUGUUAAAGAAGGACAGAGAAAACAGUUCAAGGCAGGUUUCUUCUCCAUUGGUUCUACAUCUUAAUCUGCAGCAUACCAGUGAUAAUCCUGAAAAGUUUUUCCACUGUGAUCAUAGUCAAGAUCUUCUUAGCAACGUUCCCUUAUUGAUAUUAAGUUCAGACCAAUAUUUUGUGCCUUCUCUCUUCAUAGUUCCAUCUUUCAGUCAAGAAUUAAGCAAAAUGUUCCCUGAAAGAGACACUGCUUUUCACCACUUGGGACGCUACCUAUUUUUGCCUUCAAAUCAUGUAUGGGGAAUAAUCAGCAGAUUCUGUCAGGCAUACAUGGCUGGGAAAGAUCAGAGAAUUGGUCUCCAAAUAAGAACAUUUCCUGACCUCUCUGCACAUCAAGUAAAAAUGGAUCAGAUAUUAAGAUGCGCCAUAAGGAAUAAGGUAUUACCUGAACUAGAGCUGAGAGAUUCAAUGAUUUCUCCAUGGAAAAACCAGACAAAGUCUGUUCUGGUAACAUCAUUGUAUUCAUAUUUUGGUGAGAGUUUAAUGACUAUGUAUUUGACAAGACCAACUGUUACUGGGGACAUAGUAGGAGUUUAUCAGCCAAGUCAUGAAGAGCAACAAAAGUUUGAUGACAACAUGCACAAUAUAAAGGCUUUGACUGACAUAUAUCUGCUUAGUUUGUGUGAUGUAUUGGUGACUAGCUCUACAUCUUCUUUUGGGUAUGUAGCUCAAAGUUUGGGAGGCUUGAAGCCAUGGAUUCUUCUCAAGUUAGUAGAUGAAAACAUCCCAGAUCCACCGUGUGUACAAGACUUCUCUAUGGAGCCAUGUUUUCAUUAUCCACCUAAGCAUGAUUGCAUGGGAAAGCCUCUGCACAAAAAUGGUAAAGCUUUUCCAUAUACAAGAGCAUGUUUGGACCAAACAAGUGGAAUGAAGAUGGUGAGUGAUCGUGAGUAGCUAUUACUUGUUAUCUAUAACUAUCUUUUAGAUCAUAUUUUGUUUGGCAAUAUGUGUUGACAAAAUCUGGCAAACAUUUGUGUUGCACAAUAAUGCAC